AUGGAUUCGCCGUCAGCCAAGCAUCAUCACAAUCUCUCCAGGUCUUCACGACCUCGGAGCUCCACCAGGGGUCCUUUAGAUGCAUCAGAUGACUUCUCUGGAGCCUCGCUUCACGAACUAGAUCCGCUGGCCCCGGAUGAUGUGCCGCAAUCAUUGGGGAAAGACCUCUCGUUCCUUCUGCGACCUAAUAUCUACCAUCCUCUUUCUCAUGUCGAUAUCCCCCCGCCAUUGCGUUCUCAAUUCAUUGUACUCGACCCAGGAGAGCCACUAUCCUCGUCUCUCGGGAUUCUUGAAAGGCUCCUGGCCGAGGGUCGCUUUCUCGUUGCGGCUCAUUUCGCUGGGGCCAUCUUGACGUCUUCUCUAAUUUCACCGACGGAGAUCAAGGUAAUAUUUGCCCUGUUUUACACGCGCCUUGCGUGUUUGGAGUUAUCUGGGAAUGCUGUCCUGGCGGCACAGGAGUCCAAGGCACUCGAAGACUUGAGUUCCACCUUCUAUUACAUUGACUCCUCUCUUCAAUCACCCGAUACCGAUCAAAAGCAUGAUCAUGUCCACCAACCCUACCUUCGUCACAUUGUGCCCUGGCCUCUCCGCGUGCUAGCGGUGCGACUCCAGAGCAUUGGCUUUGGUGACUCCCGCAGAAGUAUUGGUGGGCUCUAUGAGAUUGGCAUGGAGGCACGAAGGGAGAUUAUGAGGCUGGAAACCAGUGAAGCACACCGGGAAUUAUGGCGGGAGCGACUGGCAGACCUGGGGAUGAGAAGCGUGAAUGCACUGAUAGAGAUGGGCGAUCUCGAUGCAGCCAAACGUUCCCUGGAGACUUUACGAGCGUCUGGGUCGGAGACAGACAUCAAUAAAUUUAGGAAGGCGCUCUUGCAUGUGCGGAUUGGUGAUCUUGACGCUGCAGGCCAUGCCCUUGGCGAUUCGAACGAGUCCAAGGAAGCCGGUCUGAUGCAUCCACUUUUAAGCAUGGCAGAGGGUCGCUACACCGAUGCAGUUGCUGGGUGGCGGACUCUGCAGCAGGAUCUCACACGCACUGACGGGGCUCUAAUCGCCCAGAAUCUAGCUGUGUGUCUUCUAUACGCCGGGGAACUAGACGAGGCCCGCCAGCUCUUGGAGUCCCAGGUGUCUGCCAAUCAUUCCUUCAGCAGCUUGGUCUUCAACCUUUCGACCGUCUACGAGCUCUGCUUCGAUAGUGCCGCUCAACUGAAGGGUCAACUGGCGGCCACGAUCGCGAAACAACCCGUCACGGGGCAAACCAACCUAGACCGGCCAAACGCAGACCUCAAGCUAUAA